GCCCUUCACCUAGCCUACCAGAGCUAAGGCGAAACUCUAGGCGCCUUCAAGAUUGGAAAUCCCUAAGGAGGAAAGUUUCCAAGGAGGCCUUUAUCGUCCAGUUAUCUCAAGUUACUCGGAUAGUGUGGGUGUUCAAGUGGGAACUCAAGUCUGGGAAUGAACGAAGAUACGAAUGUAUAGGGACUACCUGGCACACUGUUUUUCCGUGUCACAAUGAUCAUGGCAGUUUCAAAUUUUUGGGCCACAGUUUUCAUCCUGUGUUCGUGGGCCUUCAGUGGCAGUAUGAGCAGUGAUAAACCCCCCAAUCCAUCGAACAAAAAAUCGCCUCAGGAGGUGCAGUCACCCAUGCAACAAAACAAUCUCUUUUGGAACACAUCUAAACCAAUAUUUCGCAUUGACAACACCGACCACAUCAUCGACGUUAUUCACGGGCGGAGACUCAAUAUAAUUUGCCCUCAUUAUGCCCGUUCCAUUCCCGCGGGAGACACGGAGCAAUUCAUAAUCUACGCUGUGAAUAAGGAGGAGUACGACACGUGCCGCAUCAUGACGGCCAGUCCGCGGAUUGUCGCCAAGUGUGACACGCCUUUCAUCCGCAAAUUCUUCACCAUAAGCUUCAGGUCUUUCAGCCCGAUGCCCAACGCAAUGCAGUUCUUCCCGGGUGAGGACUACUACUUCAUCUCCACGUCCACCAAAAACGAUCUCUUCCUCCGUGUGGAGGGCAUGUGUCGCAGCAAUAACAUGCGGGCAGUGUUCAAGGUCCAAGAUAUGGCUAGUGUCCGAGCCAAACUGGCCAAAGCGGCCGAGGAGGCGGCCGCGGCGGCUGCAGCCGCAGCCAAAGACCCAAAUCUCAAUGUGAAUUCAGUGGUCGGGAAUACUAGAGAGAAGACAGAACGACUGGAUGAACGACCCAGACCCAAGACAUUCGACUAUUUUCUCCAUCAAACCAAGGAGAAGAUACUCUUGAAUGACAUGGAACAAACCAGCGGAAGCAAGUUCCACAAGGACGCUCCACCCAUCCCCAACAACAAUUCGAAGCGAGAUAAAACUCUGUUCAAGCAAGAGGCUUCCACAUCCGGAGCGUCGGCAGUGUUAGCGAAUACGAAUUGUUAUCACGUCAAGUUUGUCAAUGGAUCCCCGUACAGUCAUUUGCUUCACGUCCUCAGUGCGGCUGUCAUCCUCCCUUUGCUUUGGAGUUGGCAGGGAAUCAAAUUUGAAUUGAAUUCCACAUGAAAUAUGACGAAGUCGGCCAAGUGAACACAAAAAAGAACCCUCAGACUCUUUCACAUCCCAGCUCCAAGCUGUACUGCACCGUCGGUCUCCGAACCCCCCUCAACGAAAACACGGGCAAAACGGCCCAAAGACUUCGUGAUUGGCAGCGAAAUCCUAAAAGUGCAAUUCUGUUGUUUUUAUGUGGUGGAAAAAAAAGAAACCCCGUUUCAAUUGUAUUGACUCCCACCAAGUGUGAGAAUUGAGGGAGAAUGAUGGACCACAUGAUCCUCCUUCUCCUCCUCCUCCCCUUCUCUUGAUCAUCAUAAUGUGAUAUGUCCACUGAAUUUUAAAUUUAGUGGCAAACGGAUCAUUCUUGUGUUUGCCGAGGAUGACUCAAACAGGAAGUAGCGCCAAGAAGGGAUUCUCAACCGUCGACUUCGACGGCGAGGACGAUGAGGACGACCAGGACAUCGGGUUGGAAGCGAGUAAUGAGAUUCUAUUGAGCGGGUUUAUUGACAUAGACACAAGCAGCAGCAACAGCAGAAGGCAACGAGUGAGGCAACGAAGAAGCCCCACAAAAAGAGCGUCAGCUCCUUCCUUCUCGUCCAUAAAGAAGAGUCCCAUUUGGCAGGACAAACGCCAUCAAGAAAAGGCCCUUCAAGAAUUUAUAUUGUUAAACCCCAACUACUACUACUGCUAUCACUACCACUACCUACUUACUACAUGUAUACUACGAAUCCGACGGAAACCCCUUUUUUCCUGGGGUGGGUUCAACUUUUUAUGCGCUGGAAUAGAACGGACCAAUCAAGUAGUACAUACACCAAGUAGCAGAGACAGAUUAGAACUACCAAACAAGCAAACCAGAACAGACGGAAGAACGUUGCAAAAUGUAGACUUGCGCCGUGAUUCAACCAUAAAAUGAAUAUAUUUCACGGGGAUAUUGUUUAUGUUGCUGUCAUUCGUGCCCCACCCCUCUUCAAAACCCACCUUUUCCAUAAGUUGACCUUCCACACCCGCUUGCCCGCCAAACUUGAUCUCAACCCAGGAUGAAUGGUAUUAUCAUCAUUAUCAUCAUCAUCAUCUUCUAUAGAAAUCCCUUAACGCUGAUUAGCGCUGCUGCACCCUGUAAGUGGACAACUCAAUACAGUAACCACACACAACGACCCUGUCGUCAUUGUAAGAAAGGUAUUCAUUGUUUGAAAUACGAAGUUGAACCAGAAAGAAAGAAAUAUUUAUCUGUGAUGCAUUCCUAUGAAGAACAUCUAUCAUAUGAAUACGAAAAUUUGCCUCGGCGACAAGUGAAUAAAACCGAAUUAUGUUACUUGUAAAACGACCGAGCUGUGGACUCAAGUUUCUUCUUUUACGACUCGACACAUGUCAAGUCCGUUUGGGUUGCUGUCAUUGGGAGAUUGUUGUUUUAUGAAUUUAUAUGCCACGUGUGAGGGUAGGAACAAGCCAAAAAUGGAU